AAGUAUUCUCUCUUCCCCUCCUUUCAUCAAUACCACCUCCUCCUUUCUCUCUCUCUCACAAACUGCUGCAACACCUUCUUUUGAGCAUUUUAUAGUCUUAUUAAAUCUGAUCUACACCCAUUUUCUUUUUUAUAGUUUUAUUCAUGGCUGCUUUUGUAGUUUUGUUGCUGGUCUUAGCCAUGGCUGGCCAUUCAAGUGGCACAUGGUGUGUGUGCAAGAAUGGAGUUGGGGACUCAGUCCUUCAGAAAACAUUGGACUAUGCUUGUGGAGCUGGGGCUGACUGUAACCCUACCCAUCAAAAUGGCCCUUGUUACAACCCCAACACUGUUAAGGGACAUUGUGAUUAUGCUGUGAACAGCUAUUUCCAGAAGAAAGGGCAGGCCCAAGGAUCCUGUGAUUUUGGUGGUGCUGCUAUGAUUUCCACAUCUGACCCCAGCACUCAAGGCUGUUCUUACCCUUCUAGUGCUAGUGCUGUGACCACCGGUACGACAUCGCCUGUCACCACAACCACCCCGGGUACCUCCACCACAACCCCUUUCGGUGCAACCCCAUCUAGCGGAGGAGUGUUAGGAGGGGUUGGCACUAACACCGGCUUAGGUCCAUCGGGAGUUGGCAUCAACACAGACGAGAGUCACGGCGGGCUUAAACUUGAAUACUCUACUCUGUUCUCUUCCUCCUUAACCAUCUUGUUCCCAGGCCUGAUGCUUUUGUGGGGUUGAAGAGAUAUGAUCCAUCAAAAAGGGAAUAUCUUUGCAGGUUUUUGCUGGUCUUGUGGGGUCUCUGUAGAUGCGAAUAUGCAUGUGAUGUAAUAUUGUUGUCUGUUGUCCAGGACAUCUUAGCUAGCUAAGUUUGUUUUGUCUGUAUGUCAUUUGGGUGGUCUCAUGGAUGUUUUAUUAGUUGGUGGAAAUAGAUUAGAUGUAAGAGAACAGCUGUGUAUUAUCAGUAAUCUUUGAGAAUUUGAUGCUGCAAGACUAUUCCUUCGUU